GAAAGCCUCACGUGGGGUCAGAAAAAUCACAGACUCCACAUGCCCACCACCAUUAUUCGAUUUCGCACACUAUUGCGAUUGUCCAGUCAGAGAUUCUCAUGUCGCUGUAAAUUCGACAUCCCCUUGGGGCCAUUUCCGUCCAUGCACCCACCUUAAUUACGCGGCGAAUCUCAUCUUCGACGCCGAUCCGAGUCAUCAACCUACUACACCAGCUCCUUUCACAGGUCGAAUUUCCAAUUCUACCCUUGACAUUAUCCUCGUCCUUUUUGACGCUCCUCGUACCUUUCACAAAUUUGUCGCCUUUUUCUUUCGUAACUCGUUUUAACCUCAGCUUUCGACAUCUUCAGUAAUCCCAUCGAUAUCACAUCACAGAGAAGAAGGCCUUACCCGCGUAACCAAUCAUUUUAACUCGUUCAGUUUGACUCACAGAGUUAUCACCGUGUUCGCUCAGCUGCGCCAUGAGCUGGCUCAGGAGGAUCGAGCUCGUCGAGCCCUACUACAGCCCUCCCCUUCUUCUCCGAGAAACAACCUCCAUUUUCGCUCCCAAAGCUCUACCUUUCCCUUCAUUUUUCGAAGAUGUUGAGGAGGAUUACGAGCUCGGCUACGCUCUGGACUUCUUCAGUCCUCCCAGCCCCAUCAAAACGCCGUCGCUUCUGUCGUACAAGCUGAUUCAGCGAGUUGAGAGGCUCGGAAGUGAGAUCUUGUUGCAGAGCCUGAGCGACCGAGUCAGUGAGCUGGAGUCGCGGUUUGAUCGGCUGGCCAAGGUCAAAUCGGGUGGGGAUCGGAAAUACACGUGGACGGCGGAGAUCAAGGGCCCCGAGAAGCACGGCCUUGAACGGAAAUACAAAUGGACGACGGAGAUCAAAGAGGGAAAGCAUAAGAAAAAGGCGGAGAAGGAAGAGGCGACUGACAAGAAGUACAGAUGGACGGCUGAGAUUGAAGGGAAGGGAGAGAUCUCGCGCAAGUACACGUUCACAGCAUCGAAUGGUGAUGAUGCAAGUAACAGCAGCGAAACGAAGGAGAAGGAGGAGAAGAAAAAGAAGAAGGAUAAGAAGGAAAAGAAGGAAGGGAGGGACACGCGUUUGGUGGAGAUUGAAGAGCUUGUUGAUCAUGGGGCUGUCGUUCUAAGACAGGCUUUUGCAAAGAGAGCUGGAGCUACUGGAAAGGCUAAGGGAAAGAGGAAGGAGCUGUCUCCUCAAGAUGCAGCAAUGAUGAUACAGAUGACUUUCAGAGCUUAUCUGAUCCGCAGAUCGCAGGCUCUCCGGGCCCUUAGAGAUCUGGCAGUUGCCAAGUCCAAGUUGAAGGAGAUCAGAGCAUUGUUCAAUAACUUCUCCUACCGCCGUCGUGUAGCUCAUGACGCAGCAGAGCGUCAGAGGUUCACCGAAAGAAUCAUUGUUCUGCUCCUCACUGUUGAUGCCAUUGAGGGCGCUGAUGUAAUGGUGCGAACUGCAAAGAGGUCGAUGGUGGAUGAGCUGGAAGCAAUGCUCGACGUGGUUGACCCCCAGCCUGCUGGAAAAUCACUCUCCAUGAGGAGGAGGACCUUUGAUAUGCCAGAUGGGGUCAUUCAGAGGGAAAUUGCUGAAGGUGUGGCGCAGGUUGUCCAAAUGCUGGAGCGUGAAGAGAACAGUUCUAAUACCUUCGAGGCAUGCUUGUAAGUGCACGGGAAUGUGACCGAUGACCUCCAUUCGGAGGUGUCUCUUGUUGUAGCUGUUACUAGAGAGAUGUAGCCUAGCUGAGGAAUUUAAAACUAGAUGUUGUUCUCCUACUAGCAAGAUGUACCCUUGGUUUCCCUCGUUGUGCUUAAGACUUGUAUGAUCUUUGAAGUGCUGCGUUUAUAUAUUUGGUUUUCUAAAUCUAGCAAAUCCUUUGUUGUGAACUACCUUGAAUAACAUGCGUGGCAGAGCCUUAGCA